GUAAUAGUAAACAAUAAAAGCAGCGGAGUGGUCAUGAUAAGGAGAAACAGGCUCGGUGAGUGAGUGAGUAUCAGCGGCCUGACUGACUCUGACUCGGCUGCUCUGCAACGAUCCUGCACUUGUUGAGUUCAGCGGCUUCUCUCUAUUUAAAGAGACAACAACAUGUCACAUGCUCUAUCCAGACGAGAGUCGGUGGACACAGAGAUGCAGAAGUCCCGGGACGAGAGGAAAACUGUCGUUUUUACCAAGAAACGAGGCUACGAUGUGACCCGGAAUCCUCUCCUCAACAAGGGCAUGGCCUUCUCCCUGGAGGAGCGUCUCCAGCUGGGGAUCCAUGGCCUGCUGCCUCCGUGCUUCAUCAGUCAGGACGUCCAGCUGCUGCGAGUGCUCAAGAACUAUGACAUGAAGAGAGACGACUUGGACAGAUAUGUGUUCCUGAUGGGGCUGCAGGAUCGCAGCGAGAAGCUGUUCUAUCGGGUGCUUAUGUCAGACAUCGAGAGGUUCAUGCCCAUCAUUUACACCCCCACUGUCGGCUUGGCCUGCCAGCAAUACGGCCUGAUAUUCAGGCGACCGAGGGGGCUGUUUAUUACCAUUCAUGAUCGUGGCCAUGUCGCUUCCCUACUUCAAAACUGGCCAGAAAAGGACAUAAGGGCAGUGUGUGUGACGGAUGGAGAGAGGAUUCUGGGAUUGGGAGACCUGGGCUGUUAUGGCAUGGGCAUCCCAGUGGGCAAGCUGGCUCUCUACACGGCUUGUGGUGGUGUGCCGCCGCAGCAGUGCUUACCCGUCAUGCUGGAUGUGGGUACAGACAAUGAGGCACUGCUGAAGGACCCUCUCUACAUUGGGCUGAGGCAUAAGAGAGUGCGAGGCCAGGCCUAUGACGACCUUCUGGAUGAAUUUAUGACGGCCGCUACGGAUAGGUUUGGGUCGGACUGCCUGAUUCAGUUUGAGGACUUUGCAAAUGUCAACGCUUUCCGUCUGCUGAGGAAGUACCGCAACAAGUACUGCACAUUCAACGAUGACAUCCAAGGGACUGCUGCUGUGGCAGUAGCUGGACUCCUGGCCGCUCUUCGCAUCACCAAAACUAAAAUGUGUGACCACACCAUCGUGUUCCAAGGUGCAGGGGAGGCAGCGAUGGGGAUUGCAGAGCUCAUCAGCAUGGCCAUGGAGAAAGAGGGACUCGCUAAGGAAGAGGGCUUGAAAAAAAUCUGGAUGGUUGAUUCCAAGGGUCUCAUUGUCAAGGGUCGGGACAACCUGACUCAUGAAAAGGAGAGAUUUGCUCAUGAACACCCACAGAUGGAGAAGCUGGAGGAUGUGGUACGGCAACUGAAACCCACAGCCAUCAUUGGUGUGGCAGCUGUUGCCGGAGCUUUCUCCGAACAGAUCAUCAGGGACAUGGCGUCCUUCAACGAACGUCCCAUCAUCUUUGCCCUCAGUAACCCAACCAGCAAAGCCGAAUGCACUGCUGAGCAGUGCUACACAUUUACAGAGGGGCGGGGAGUCUUUGCCAGCGGCAGUCCAUUUGACGCCGUUACCCUGCCUGAUGGGAGGAAGUUCUACCCUGGGCAGGGAAACAACGCCUACAUCUUCCCCGGCGUCGGCCUGGGUGUCACAGUGUGCGCAAUUCGACACAUUACUGAAGAAAUCUUCCUUGUUGCAGCUGAGACUCUGGCUCGGCUGGUGACAGAGAAGGACCUGGAGGAGGGACGACUGUAUCCUCCGCUCAAAACCAUCAGUGACGUCUCCAUCGAGCUGGCUGUGAAGAUCAUGGAGUUUGCCUACCAACACAACAUGGCCACUCUUCGCCCGGAGCCGUCCGACAAAGAAGCGCACGUGCGCUCGCUCUCUUAUAGCACUGACUAUGACGAGUUUGUCAUGGACUCGUACCGCUGGCCGGAGGACUGUAUGACUGUGCAGUCAUGCAAACUUUAAUGCAGGGGACACAGAGACGAGACGCGCAUGCGCACUGGUAACUGUCACAGGAAGUGAUGUUGGGCCAUUAAAGAGGUUGCGUGCAAAUCUUUAUUUUCUCACUGAUAUAUUACUGUUAAAUUGCACUUUUUCAGGAAAUAGUUAUAAGUACAGAUUACAAAAAAGCGGAUGAAAUGUUAAACAAGAUGGUAUUUUACAAUAAUAUAUUUGGGGAAAUCUUCCACCGGCUGCUUUUGAUUGUUCUAUACUAGGAGUUUAUUUUAUGACUGUGACAGCUAUAAUCCACAUUUAAAUUUUCAAAUAAAAAUUGUUCAAUACA